CCUGACAGUGUUGUAGUGUGUCCGCCAUCCAGAAGACGGCGCCACUGGUGUUGCUUAAGCGGAGCCACCCAGUUGGUACAGAAACAAAUAUGGCGCACCACCCAAAAAAAGGAAAACGAAAAGGUCGGCGGAUUCCGACAUUCCUGAGAAAGAUGUUGAAAGGACCCUUCAGAUAUUGGUCGACUCGCGCGGCUCCUUUGUCAUGCCGCUGACAGCCGUAGUCCAGAUGAAUGCCAAAGCUCCCAUCAGGAUCCGAUGAUUACAGGGCAGCUGAGCAAGCCGCUGCUCUCCCUGCGCAGCGACAUGAGCGCGGCAGAACUCCGGGCGGACGACAAAGCGGCCACCCCAGACAGCGAUUUGAACGACGAACCCUUGCUUCUGCCCUCUGAGUCCACGGACAGAGAGGGCACUCCCAGCAAACUGUACGGAGUUCGUGACGGAUCAGUUCAGUCUGACACCAGCAGCAGUCCGUCGGAGCAGAGUCAUCUGGGCCAGUCUCAUCCAGGAUACCCAAUGGGCCCACAGUCUCUCCUGGUGGCCCAGCAACUGGCCAACGCAGUGGGUGGCGUGAUGUCCGGGGCGGCGCCAGGCAUGAACCAACCCAUCCUCAUCCCUUUCAACGCAGGCGGACACCUCGGUGGACAGCAGGGCCUGGUGCUUUCCCUGCCCACGGCCAACAUCCAGAGCCUGGUGGCUGCCGCCGCUGCAGGGGGAAUCAUGACGCUCCCCCUGCAGAACCUGCAAGCUACCUCAUCACUGAACUCCCAGCUCCAGCACCUGCAGCAGCUCCAGCAGAUGCAGCAGCAUCACCAGCAGCAGCAGCAGCAGCAACAACAACAGCAGCAACAGCAGCAGCAGCAACACCAUCAUCAUCACCAACAGACCCACUCCCACACCCAGAACCAGCUGCCAACCCAGCAUCACAUGACCCCACCCAGCCAGCAGCACACCUCUGUACCAUCUCCAGGUUCCACCUGCUCCUCCACCUCUGGACACCCGCAGCAGUCCCCGCCUCACCGGCCGAACCAGUCGCCGGCUCGCAGCCUUCCCUCCCCUGUCACUCCGCCCAUACCGCUGCCGCUGAACCCCCUGGCCAGCCAGGCAGCGGUGGCAGCAGCAGCCGCCAUGGGAUCCAUCGCUGGCUCUCAGGUGUUUGGCAACACCCUCUCAAACCUGCAAGGUGCCACCGGGCAGCUUGUCACAAACGCACAAGGACAGAUAAUUGGAACAAUCCCACUGAUGCCCAACUCUGCAGGGCCCUCCAGCCAAUCAGGGGGUGGCAACCCAGCACUGCAGGUACAGCCAAUUACGCCUCAGCUUCUGACCAACGCUCAAGGCCAGAUCAUCGCCACGGUGAUCGGCAAUCAGAUCCUGCCUGUCAUCAACACCCAGGGAAUCACGCUGUCACCAAUCAAGCCCGGACAGCAGCUGCCUCAGGCUCAGCAGGGUCAGACGGGCCCUGUGUCGUCUCAAGCCAACCUGCUCCACAUGCCCCACAGACAGAGUCCUCUGCACCAGGCCUCUUCCUCCUCCUCCACCUCCUCAUCUUCCUCGGCUCUCAGCGUGGGGCAGCUGGUCAGCAACCCGCAGACUGCCCCCAGUGAGGUGGACGGGGUCAACCUGGAGGAGAUCCGCGAGUUCGCCAAAGCAUUCAAAAUCCGCCGGCUGUCUCUGGGCCUGACGCAGACCCAGGUGGGCCAGGCGCUCAGCGCGGCCGAGGGGCCGGCGUACAGCCAGUCCGCCAUCUGCAGACACACCAUCCUGAGAAGCCACUUUUUCCUACCACAGGAAGCCCAAGAGAACACUAUAGGUAGCAGUCUGACAGGCAAACUGAACCCUGGCCUUUUAUAUCCUGCCAGGUUUGAGAAGUUGGACAUCACCCCUAAAAGCGCCCAGAAGAUUAAGCCUGUUCUGGAGCGCUGGAUGGCCGAGGCUGAAGCCCGCCACCGAUCCGGCAUGCAGAACCUGACUGAGUUUAUUGGGAGCGAGCCCUCGAAAAAACGCAAGCGGCGGACCUCUUUCACCCCGCAGGCGCUGGAGAUCCUCAACAGCCACUUUGAGAAAAACACGCAUCCCUCCGGACAGGAAAUGACGGAGAUAGCCGAGAAGCUGAACUAUGACAGGGAGGUGGUGCGUGUGUGGUUCUGCAACAAGAGGCAAGCCCUGAAAAACACAAUAAAGCGCUUGAAACAGCCCGACCUCGGCAUGGCCGCGCCAAUGGACCCGCUCACCGACUCUCUAGAGGAGCUCCCCAAGUGAACGAGCGAAAACGUGGCAGCCGUUAGAAACCAAGGCAAAGAAAAAUAAAAAGCGGACGAGGACUGAAAAAUGUUGCAGAGUCACCGGGAUGGAGGAAAACUUUGUGUUGUCAGUGUGAUCACCACAGUUCUGUAAAUGACCUCUGCGAAAACCAAAAACAUGAAAAAGAGAUUAAUAUGUGAGAAUUAUGUAAAAAAAAAAAAAUAUGGAAAAGAAAACAAUUACGGUUUGCUGUUUUAAGGAGUUUUAGAUCCAGAACGGUCUCCCUAAUUCUGGUUCAACACGAGGAGGGAUUUAGUAAAGAGAAACCAAAUCCAAACACUAUCUACCAAAGUCUGUUGCAUCUAACUGCUAAGAAUAAUUUUGUAAUGUAAAUGUGCUCUAAAUUUUUACAUUUGUACUGGCAAAAUCUAAGCUAUAUGUGUGAGUGUGAGUACACAUUUUAUCUUCUGUCUCUUACUUUUUCCUUCAUUGUUUGAAUGUAAAUAUUUAAAAAAGAAGAAAAAAAAUGUCUUCAGAUCGAAUCAAUGAUAAAGUUUUGGGACUAAAAAAUGAACCUUUGCUGUUGCAUUAUAAUGUUGUUUGCCUCCAGUUGUGUUUCAUCUAUAAAUAUUUUCAGCCACAGUGUAACUUUGUACAACUUCUACAGGUAUUUAUUGAUAACUGGAUGAAGGGGAGGAAGCGGAGGACUUUUAAAACGACGGUGGUGAUAAUGACGAGGGGUUUCGGUGUCGAGUCAUACUGCAGCUUUGUUUCUGUUGCCAAAGCCUGAAAGCCAAAGAACACACAAACUUCAGCUCAAGGACUGGGGGAGAUCUUUUCCUUUUUAUUUCUUUAUAAUCACUUGGCUUUCUGCCUCCUUUUUCUAAAGUGUUUUAAUCUGUGUUGGAAAAAAAAUUCAUGUCAAACAGCCUCAACUGUGUCUUCUGUAAUUUCUCAUCUCCACAACUUGUAAAAAAAAAAAAAAUGUUUAUUUUAUGUAGGUUUACCUCUGUAUGCUUUAACUGGACCACAGAUUUCAUCUCACAUCUUUGAACCAACACAUUAAUCUCUGUUUUUCCUGAAAAUGAACAUGCUGAGCCUUUUUAAUUUGCCCUAAUGCUUUUGAAAUGUGCAAGGUUGAAGCCUAAUCACCGAGCUCAUUCUUUGUUGUGUUUUUUUUUUUUUGAGUGUCUCACAAAACCUGUUCUUUUGUACAAAGAAUGGCGUUUUGCUUCUUUCAUAUUUUGAAUUCCUUUCAGCUGAGCAAAGGUCGCUUCUGUUAAGCGAAGCUUCAUUUCUGUUUCUUACACCUUUUUCAUUUAAACUGUCCUAAGGAGGUUAUCUUCCUACUACGAUUUAUUUUUCAUUUAGUGAUUCCUGAAAUUAUCUGAAUCCCUGAAUCUUUCAUUCAGUUUUUGUGUUGCGCCGUGCAACGCCUUGCAAAAGUCUUACUUCUCCUUUAGAUUUUUCUACAUUUUGCUACCCAGAGCAUCAUUUUGAAGCAGAAUGGAAGUUAUGCUUGAUUUACUUUUAUAAUAAACAUCUGAAAAAUGUGGCAUGCACAUAUUUACAAGUCCCAGAUUUUAAAAAGGUUGGUAGAAAUGCCAUUUCUCUGCCGUUACAGCCACAAUUCUUUUUGAGUACAUUUCUACCAGCAUUACAUUACCUACAGACUGAUUUGUUUCCCCUUUCUUCAUUGCAACAACAACUGCAGUGCAUUUGUGAACAUUAACUAUCAAGUAUUGCCAAAAACCUGAUUGCAUCCAUGUCACGGUCAAGACUCUCCAACCAUUUUCAAAAUACAAAUGGUUUAAAAUACAAAAACAGAGCAAUUUAAAACCUAGAAUUUCAGGUCUUUGGUUUUAUCUAACAAAUAAAAACUAAAUAAAACCGUUGUUAUAAGAGGAAGCUAUAACAUGAAAGCCUUUAUUAUUCCUUUUAUAAAUCAAAGCUCUUCUUAGCUCUAUGACAGAGCUGUCAACUAGUUUUCAUUUUGCAUGAAAGUCAAAAACUUCAACUUGAACUUGAUGUGUGCAACGACUGAUUUUCUAGUAUUUACAUUUGUUCAAAAAAAUAUUUUUACCAUCAUUUUCCUUCCACUCCACAAUCAUGACUUGCUUUGAGAUGGUCUACAACAUAAAUACUUUGAAGUAUGAGGUUAGUGAGGAGGCAAAAUGAGAAAAAAGUUGGAGCAGUAUUAAUAGUUUUUGCAAGGCGCUGUAUUUUCUUGUCAGAAAUAUCAGUCUUUCAGCCAAAGUCUCAAUCCGUCACUCCCUUCGGAUGUUUUUGCCCUCACAGGAACAGAAAAGAGGUGAAUGUUGAGGAUAAGUGUCACAUGUCAGAGCGAGUGAACUUAAUUUGAAGUGAGGCGAAAUUUGAUGCGAUUUAUUCAGAAUCAAGUGUCGGCUUGACGCACAUCCUUCCACGUCCAGGUCGCUUAUCUCUGCAUUUUUUCUUCUUUUUUUUUCCCCCCCUCGAUCCCGGUCUGAAGAAUUGCUGCAUCCUGUAAAUGUCAUAGAAAAACGGUUUGUUUUAAAAAGGCAUCCGUUUACCUCCACAGAUUUGUUCUGCUGCUUUCAUUGUAAACAAACAAUUUCAGGCAGAAGCCGGGCUGAGAAAAACUGCGAGGAGAAAAGUACACACGUGGAUCAGCGCCGAGGCUUAAAAGAAAAACACACACACACACACAAAAAAAAAAACAGCUGCAACCAAAACCAAGAGAAAUUUUAAAGAAGACACAGAAAGGAGUUAUGCCUUCACCCGACUUUUUAUCGCUGGACCAAAGCUCUAUAGUUAUGCACAUUGUACAGAGACAUAGAUUCAAGAUGUUGACAAUCUUUAAAAACACGAGCAGAGAGGAAACGAGCAGCAGGAACACAGAAGUUCAUCCGAGGUUUUCCUCAGUACUGCAAAUCAGAAAAAUGCCAUUCUGGCAAGCAGCUGUUCUGCACUGUGUCCAUGUUCACUGUUACAGCAGGGGGAAAGGCUUCUUCAUCCUUCCUUUGAUGCAUCGCUCUGUGUUAUAUGCAUUUCCUAUUGGGCCACGUUUGUUUUACUCUCAAUUUUUACAGCUCGUCAACAUGCGUAGAAGAAGAAAAAAUAUUGACAGCAGCGUUGGUUUUUAUUCAAUUUGAGAUUUCUUUUGUUUCUCGCCUACAAAACAAACACAGAAGCAACUUUUGUUAGCAGACAAAGAACUAGAAACCAAAGCUGAAGCGUCUCUGGAUGUUGGUUUUCUUUUCUUUGUGUAUUUUUUUUUUUUUAACAGACUGAAAACUGUAAUUAAUCUUUAGAGCAAUAUCUGUUUUGGUCAGUUUAAGCAGCACUUUGUGUAUUUCUUACAAAACAAAAGAGGAAAAAGAUUAUUUAAAAAACAAAAACAAGGAAGCUUCAAGUCUGUCACAUUG